AUGGCCUUAGCAGAGGCAGUAAAGGAAGUUUUAUGGUUACAAGGUUUGGUGGAUGAUCUUGGGUUGAUACAGAACAAGACUCGAAUUGUGACUCGACUCGAAAGUUUCCCGCUGCGACCUGAUUGGGAUAAAAAUGAAACUUUUUCUCUUAUCUUGCCCGUGGACGUAGAUCUUACAGUUGAACCAUUUUGCCAAAGUUUCUAUGAAUUUUGGAAAUACUUCGGAGCACAUGCAACAUUUAAUGUAUGGAACCCAACAACAUUUAAUAAUGAAUUUAGUUCAUCCCAAAUGUGGACUGGAGCAGGUGAUGGCCUAGAAGUGAACACCCCUGAGGCAGGAUGGCAAGUUAAUUACAGUGAUGACAAAACAAGGCUCUUUAUUUAUUGGACGAGCGAUCUUAAUGGAAGAACAGGUUGCUAUAAUCUUGAUUGCGCAGGUUUUGUGCAAACCAACGAAGAUAUUGCCUGGGGUGCUAUUCUAGCACGAAUCUCAACUUAUGGUGGCCCUCAAUAUACUAUAGACAUACGUAUUAAAAAGUUCGUUUCAAGACUUGCAAAGUGGAAACUGCUAGCCAUAUUUUCAAGGUCACUAUUUUGGAUAUUGGCCUGCUGCCAUCUUAAAUUUCUAGUUAAACAUGCAAACAGUGUAACUUGGGGAGGAAGAAUCCGCAAUUCACAACCAAACGGUCAUCAUACAUCUACUGAAAUGGGAAGUGGGCAUUUUCCUUCUGAAGGCUUUGGUAAAGCUAGUAUGAUCAACAAUCUGGGAUAUGUCAACGAAUCCGGUGUCCUGAGUGAUCCUGAAAUAUUUGUACCAUUUGUAACAAAACCUUCCUACUAUGAUGUUCAAUUAGGAAAACCAGAGCAGAAUGGUUAUGUUACAUACUUCUUUUUUAGGGGUCCUGGAUUUUCUAAAACAUGCCCAUAA